AUUCCAUUUAUAGUCACUCGAAUUAGUUGAACAGUUCAAGUUCGGUCACUCUCCGUUAACCUCCGUUAACUUUGACUCACGUGGCGGUCAACUCUGAUAGUUGACCGUUAAAUGUGUGACGUGGCAAAUAAAAAAUAAUUAAAAAAUAAAAAUUAAAUUUUUAGAAAUUACACAUCAUUAUCACAAAAAAUUAUAAUUAUAAAAAAUUUUAUAAUUAUAAUUUUUCCAUGGAGUUCAGGUGCAGAGCCGGCGACCGCAUACUGCCGCCGAUUGAGUCCUCCCACCACCGGCCUUCACCCUCCGCCGCCGUGCCUCAUCCGCCGUUUCGAGGUGUUCAGUCGAGCCUCCAACUGAUGACGGACGAGACGCUCCAUCGGGAGCUUGAGAAGGCGCGGGUGUGGCAGGAGAUAAUCGCGGAGGAGAUCGAGCGGCGUAAGGAGGUUAUGAGGGCGGAGUUGCGUCGGCAGAUGAUCGGGGAGAAAGAUCCGGAGUCGGCGAUUUCGACGGCGGAGUCGGGGCGCCCGAUAUUUCCGGAACAGCCGCCGGAGCGCCGUUUCAUUAUUACUCCUCCGGUGACGCCGAUGCCUGAGGUCAUGCCUCCUUCUGCCUCUGCCGCGGAACCUAACAAAGCGGAGAAGCUGUCCGAUCUCGGAGGCGGGAAGCAUGAGAAAUCGGAGGACGAUGAGGGGGAGAAACCCAAGGAAGAUUUCAGGUGUGUGGUUUGCCAGGUGAGUGCUACUUCUCAUAAGCAAAUGAUCGAACACCUCGCGGGCAAGCAGCACGAGGCCAAAUCUAGCUCUUUGGCAGGGAGGAUAAGGAAGAGAGUUGGUUCCCAGAUGCAGAAGAAUCAUGGGAAGCGCGGGAAGUUCAGUAGGAAGUGAAGCCAUUCUCUUUCCCUUAACUGUAAUCUUUUUUUCAUUUUUUAUAAUUAUAAUUUUUUUGUGAUAAUGAUGUGUAAUUUUUAAUUAUUUUUUAUUUGCCACGUCACACAUUUAACGGUCAACUGUCAGAGUUGACCGCCACGUCAGUCAAAGUUAACGGAGGUUAACGGAGAGUGACCGAACUUGAACUGUUCAACUAAUUCGAGUGACUAUAAAUGGAAUAAAUUAAU